AUGCUGUCGUCAAAUCCUACCAGUCACUUUCUCACUUUAAAAAAUCGUCCUGUAGUUGCACACAGCGGCGAAACAAAAUCUGACUCUCUUAAACUACAUUACUGGGAAUGGACAGGACAUCAGCCAACCGUUCUGUUUUGCCAUGCCGCUUCGUUUCAUGGACGAUGUUACGAUCGUAUCAUUAAUAAUGCAUUGCGAGGGUACCAUGUCAUUGCUUUAGACUUUCGAGGUCACGGACGAUCACAACAACAUCCACCUCCGUAUCGUUUUCCAUGGUUUGGUGAAGAUGUUCUACAGUUUAUUGAAACAUUGAAUCUUUCGAGUAAAAAUCUGAUCGGUAUUGGUCAUUCUGUUGGUGGUUAUGCAUUAACAUACGCAGCAGUCAUAGCACAAAAACGUUUAUUUCACAGUUUACUUUUAAUUGAUCCUGUGAUUAUUCCUCGUUCGAUAUAUGAACAUGAAAAUAUUGAUAAAUCAACUACGGAUUAUAUAUUCCGACGAAAAAAUCAAUGGUCAUCUGUUGAAGAUAUGAUAUCACGAUUGGAAAAACGAGGAACAUUCUCUAAAUGGCCAAAAGACGUUCUUCGUAAUUAUUGUAUUUACGCUCUGGAUGAUAAUUGUAAACUUAAUUGUUCACCUGAAGGUGAAGCAUCAAUUUAUCAGUCUGGUAUACAUCCGGAUACGAAUAUUUAUCCGUUAAUUGAACAAUCCAAACACAUUCAUGAUAUUCCAAUCCAAAUAGCACGAAUUUUACCCGGUGAAUCUGUGCUUGCAUUAGAUCAAUCUCCAACAGCACCUGAUCUUGUGAAAUACUUUAGGAAAGGAAAGGAUUUGUUAUUAGAAAGUAGUAAACAUCUAUUUCCAAUGGAACAACCGAAUAUAGCUAUCAAAUUAGUGAAAGAUUUCAUUAGAGAAAAUCAAUAA